CAACAUUAACACAGUGCAAAAUACUUCAUCCUAUAAAAGGAAGGGUAAGAGUUGGUACUUUUUACCUGCAUGCUCACUGGCAAAAUCAGCUGCAACUUGGCCAAAUUCUCAACUGUGGCAGUGGCAGAACCAAAAGCUCAAUAUAUUUCAGUUGAAGUCAAAUAUGGCCAAUGAUGGGAAAGUUGUCACUAUUCUCAGCAUUGAUGGUGGGGGAGUCAGAGGUAUCAUCCCCUCAAUAAUUCUCAAGUUUCUUGAAUCUGAGCUCCAGAAACUGGAUGGUGAAGAUGCCAGGACUGCAGACUACUUCGACUUCGUUGCUGGGACAAGCACUGGAGGCCUAAUAACUGCUAUGCUCACCACACCAAAUGAAAACAACCGACCUGUAUAUGCUGCAAAUAAGAUUACUGACUUCUAUCUAGAAAAUAGCAAAUACAUCUUUCCUCAAGAAUCAUCAGUGCAGGAGAAAAGGAGUGUCCAAAUGUAUAACUCCUGGUACCACAUAAUAACUAAAUGGUUAGAAUGGAUAUGGGAUCAUUGUGCUGUGCCUGCCUAUGCUUCUGUAGAAGGUGUAAUUGAAAUGGCUGAAAAAGUAGUAUUUCGCCCCAAAUACGAUGGUGUUUAUCUGCAUAAAAUAAUCAAAGAUAUCAUGAAAGAAAAAAGGCUUCAUGAGACCUUAACCAACGUGAUGAUUCCAACAUUCGAUAUCAAGCUUCUCCAGCCUGUCUGUUUCUCCAGCUUAAAGGCAAAACGUGACGAAUCAGAAGAUGCUUUGCUAUCUGACAUCUGUAUUGGAACAUCUGCAGCACCUUACUAUCUUCCUCCUUAUUAUUUUGAGACCAAUUCAUCAGAAGGCACUAAGAAGUUCAACCUCGCUGAUGGUGGUAUUGCAGCCAAUAAUCCUACUUUGUUCGCAAUUCGUGAUGUGAUAAGGGAAAUUUCUCAAGACAAAAAUACUCCAAGCUUGAACAGCUUAGAUUUUAAUAAGGUUCUUAUCCUUUCACUUGGAACUGGAUCAUCGAAGAGGGAUGAGAAGUUGGAGGUUGGAAAACCACAAAGUUGGGGACUCUAUAAGUGGUUCAGGGGGCCAGACGAUACUACCACCCCCUUAAUGGAUUCUUUUACCACUGCAAUCGAUGAUAUGGUUGACAUCUACUUAUCUGUUUUUUAUGGAAUUCCUGGCUUCAAGGACAAUUAUUUUCGGAUCCAGGAUGAUGGCCUGAAAUAUACCGAAGCCUCAACUGACAACUCAAAGACAGAAAACCUUGACAACCUUGUGAGAAUUGGUAAUGAGCUCCUGAAAAAACCUGUUUCUGCAGUGAACCUGGAAACUGGUUUGUAUGAACCAGUUGAAGGCAAAGGCACAAAUGAAGAAGAACUUGUCAAGUUUGCCAAAAAAUUGUCAGAUGAAAGGAAGAACCGUAUUGUGGCCUAGCUUAUCUCCAUGGCUGAUAUGAUGCUUGCUAUAAAUAAUAGUUUUGGUUUCUUUUACUAUUCAUAAUGUCUUUUAGUUUGAACUUGCCCCUUUCUUUUCACCAGUGUGUUACUAUUUUGGUGUGCCUAAGUGACUGAAGUUGGAAGUCCAAGUCAGUAUUAUGGAUGAUUUUGCUUAAGAAAAAAGAGAAGAGUUGUGUAGUGGAUGAUGAAUAUAGAUCUGGUUUCAGAAAUGAUAUGGAAAUCAACUAUGGUUUUUCAAAAACUCAUUUGUAUUGUCACUAUCAUUUAUGAUUAUUAGUCGUUUUGAUAUAAACUGAAUAAAAAUUACUAGUCAUUUUUACGUGCCA